AUGUCUUCCACACCGAAAGGCCUCACCAAUACUCCCAUCUACAAAAACCCUACUCUUAUCUCUAUUGCGGAGGGCAACGGCUCUUUCAACAACAUCCACCUCGCCGCCCUCGUCCUCGGAGUCCCAUGGUUCGUCAAGCGUAUGCUCCCCCUCGUUAAUAGGGGCGGCUUCAAGACCUAUCUGUUCCUUGUGCUCGUCUUGGGUGUGCCAGUCACGAUCGCAUACUGGACGUUGAUGAGUAUGUAUGGCCCGAGGAAGAACGAGAAGGUCGCGUUGCCUGGGAAGGACAUUGAGGAGUACAUUACGAUUCACGACCCGGAGUUGAAGGCGAAGUACCAUGGAAAGGAGAAGAUCCCAAUGCAGAUCAUGCAUGAUGCUUACUUUGAUGGCAAGAUUGACUUCAACGGUGAUGUUUUGGACAUUCUGGAGGCUCGCCACGACUGGGCCAAGUUCGUCAUGACCCCCGAGCUCUUCAAAUAUGUCCUCUUCAAAAUGAUCCCGGAAAUUAUCGUGCAUUCGCAAGGCCAAGAUGAAGAGCAGGUUCGGGACCACUACGACAGAGGCGACGACUUCUACGAAUGGUUCCUCGGUCCCCGCAUGGUUUACACUUCCGGUAUCGCUACCUCCCUCACGGAACCUCAGUCUCUUGAACAGCUCCAGGACAACAAACUCACCGUCGUCUGCGAGAAGCUCGACCUCCAACCUGAUGACCACUUGCUCGACAUCGGCUGCGGUUGGGGUACCCUCUCGGCUUUCGCGCACAAAAACUACGGUUGUAAGGUCACCGGUGUCACCCUCGCUAAGAAGCAGACGCAGUUCGGAAACGACAGGAUUGUGUCUAACGGUGGCGAUCCCGAGCGUGCUAAGAUCGUCUGCUGUGACUAUAGGGACAUUCCUGGUGGCCCGGCUACGUACUCUAAGAUCGUCAGUCUGGAGAUGGCUGAGCAUGUUGGUGUCCGUCGUUAUGACACGUUUUUACGCCAAGUUUAUGACCUCCUUGAUGACGAUGGUGUCUUUGUGUUCCAAGUCGCUGGCCUCCGUAACUGCUGGCAAUAUGAAGAUCUGAUCUGGGGUCUUUUCAUGAACAAGUACAUUUUCCCCGGCGCCGACGCAUCUGCCUCCCUCGGCUGGGUGACGACUCACCUCGAGCGUUGCGGCUGGGAGAUCAAGUCCGUCGAUGUCAUCGGUGUCCACUACUCCGCCACCAUCUGGCACUGGUACAACAACUGGGUCUCGAACAAGGAGAAGGUUGUCGAGAAGUACGGCGAUAGAUGGUACAGGAUCUGGGUGUUCUUCCUCGGUUGGAGUGUCAUCGCCGCCAGGCAGGGAACAAGCGCUGCUUUCCAGUUCACGCUGCACAAGAACUUGAACGCGUACCCUAGGAUCCUUGGGUUGAAGAACCAUAAAGGGAUCCAUGUUACGCCCGAAAGGACUAUCGAGUGA